UAAGAAGAAGCACUGCGAAAAUAUUUGCGAAAUCGCGCACGUGAAUGUUUUUGAGUUUAAUUAACAACAAGUACAUCUAAUUAAAAGCUGUACCAUGUCGGAAGAAGCGGCCAGCACCUCGGCCUUUGGCUUCAAGAAGCGAAACAUCAACAAAGGUGCUGCCAUGCGUCGCAAAAAGGAAAGUAGCAGCAGCAAUGACUCAGCAAAGAGCAGUGAUGAGGAGGCCCAGGGCAAAGCUACCGCAAUGGCCCGGGCGGAGAAUCGCAGAAAGCGAACCAAUCCCAAUUUUCAGAGCACCAAGACAUUAAACAAAGCGAAGCGUCAGGCAGGAGCACCCGACGGAGACGCAUCGUCAUCUGCCUCCGAAGACGACAAACUCGGAGUGGCCUACAAGUCAAAGCGCGAGGCCCUGCCCAGUGGUCCGCAGGAUCAGGGGGCCACGUCCAUCAACGAAAUGGACACAGAACUCGACCGCGAUGCCCAGGCCAUCCAUGCGCGGGCCUUAAAAAUUAACGAGGAUCUCGAGGGUAAGGCGGACGACAAGAUUUACCGCGGAAUCAACAACUACGCGCAAUAUUAUAAGAAGCAAGACACUGCCGCGGGAAAUGCCAGUUCCGGUAUGGUGCGAAGCGGACCAAUUAGGGCACCUGCUCACCUCCGGGCCACUGUGCGGUGGGACUAUCAGCCGGAUAUCUGCAAAGACUACAAGGAAACGGGCUACUGUGGCUUUGGCGACAGCUGUAAGUUCCUGCACGAUCGCAGCGAUUACAAGGCUGGCUGGCAGCUCGAGAUGGAUCACGAGAGUGAGCGGCGGGGUGAUGCCGAUUCUGAUGGCGACGAUGGCAAAUAUGAGAUUCACUCGGAUGAGGAAUCUCUGCCUUUUAAAUGUCACAUAUGCCGGCAGAGUUUCGUCAAUCCUGUGGUGACCAAAUGUAAGCACUAUUUCUGUGAAAAGUGCGCCUUAGCCCAGUACAAAAAGUCUCAACGCUGCAUUAUAUGCUCCCAGCAGACAAAUGGCAUUUUCAAUCCCGCCAAGGAGCUAAUAGCUCGUCUAAAAACAAAUCCCAUGCAAAACUCUGAUAGCGAGGAGGAAGAUGUGCAGGAAGCUAAUAAAGGAAAUGAAGAGGAACCUGCUCAGGAGAUUUCCUCCGAUGAGAGCGAUUAAAUAAAUUUUAAAGCCAGCGGGUGCAGUUUCGUAGCUGUCAGUUUGAUUGCGGUCAACCAACUUGCAUCAAUUUGCUGCCUGCUACAAAGAGCGAUUUUAUGAAAUUUUGGGUAAGAAUAUUAAAUAUACUUCUUUAAUUAUGUAUAUACAUUUCCUGCGUACUUUAGGAAAAGGGGCUUUUCAUUCGCUUAAGCGGAUUCCUUAAGUUUAGGUUCUGUACGACUGAAAAUAUGAGCAGCUUGAAACAGGUUCUCCAUACAAAUUGUACUUUCUUUAUAAUUAGUCAGACACACUUCUUAUAAACCACUGCUUUUGACGGCUACUUUUCUAAUCGUGGUUUUUGAAUCCUUUGCUAUCCGACUAAUUAUAUAAAAUAUUUCGAAAUUCAAUCAUUUAGUCAAAGGAAUACCCUAAAUAUUUAUAAAAUGUAAAAUACGUGUAGAGAAACAGUAGAUGGCGCAUUGAAUGAGUUGCCACAUUUGCAAAUAUUUUGAAUUUAAUUGAAAUAGUUUAGUUUAAAUAUAAAUAUACUUCAUAAUUGUUGGCUCCAAUGCAAGCCAAGGAUUGUAAACAAGGGUCGUAAACAAUAUAUAAUUAUGUCCCAGGGACAGGGUCUACUAAAAGAUUUCAAUAAGAACAAAGAACAUAAGUAUAUUUAUAAUUUUAGGUGUUUAAUCCGUCAAGCACAUGUCUAUAGGGAUUCCUAGCCUUUUCCUGAACAGGUUAAAUUGUGUAAACAAUGUGUCCGAAGGUUCGUAAGGGACGUUAUGGUUCGGGACGGGAUUCUAAUAACAAGUUUUGAUACUUCUGAUUAUUUAGUAUUACUAGACUUCGUAUGAGCAGGACUCUUCUUUAAUUCUCUUAGUUGAACCUGGGUUUAAGUCCGAAGGGUCUCAUUGUAAUUACUUAAUUAUUUGGUGCUCCUGGCUCAAAUAGAAUCAUGAAAUGAAUGCUUAAUUCUCUUUUCUGAAAGCGAACUUCUCGUUUCAUACUUUCGCUUUCCGAAGAUGUGAUAAGCUGCUAUUGGCCAAUAAGCCUAUUGCCUUUUAACUUUGUAUCCUAGACAGACUUUUGGCAAGGAAAAUGGUUCUAUUAAUCUGACCAAUUUUGAAACUCCUAUUGAGCCUGCCAUGCCCUUCGAGAGCGCUGCAUAAUCUUGUCUUCGUAUCUAUUUUAUUUUUUUUUGUCUUAGAUAUUAUAUCUGGGUUGCUAUUCACUUUUUUCGGAAGGGAGUAGUCAGGAGCUGCUACAAGUCUUGGAUAAUGAAAUAAUUUCUUGGAAAGCACUAUUAAGCGCCUGUCCAAAAUAGAUCCAUUUACUAUAUUUUUGCUCUGUAUUUCUGGUUUGGCUUU